AUGGAUCAUCUGGAAAUUGUCUAUAGUAUUAAUCAACGAAUUAAAGAACUACAAGAAAAAAUUGAGAAGCUACGACAGAAAAGUUCGCAAAAGGGUAAAGGAAUCGACGCUGAUGCUGAACGUCGUAUUGGCGAUUUAAAUAUGAAGAUUAAUGAACUAAUAUUGGAACGUACUCGAGAACUGAAAAGAGUUCGAUGGAGUGAGAAACGAAAGCCGCGAGUAAAACCAACGAUAAAACCAGCUGACAAGGAUGACUCGGCCACUGUACCAGAAGCAGUUGAUACUGACCGAACUCCUACACCUAUUCCAGUGGCUAUUCAGUCUGUUCUUGUACCAUCUACACUGAAAGUGUCCGACAUGGAUGUUGGAACAGAUUCUACAACGCUGACGAUGGUUCCUACUUGGUUCCAAACGGACAGUGAGGAAGACGCUUUAGAUGGCAUCGUCUACCCAGAAGACGCAGGUGACCGCGAACAGUUCGUAACAGUAGCACGUUUUCGAGCAGUGCGCGGACAAUCAAAAGAUUUUACUCUUCAUCCAAUCGAUAUAAGUGAAAAGUCGACAGAAACUCUUAUACUUUCGCUUGAUGCUUUUGCCCGACAGUUUGGCGGACAGUUAAGUUUUACGAAUCGAAAUUUAACAUUUGAGAAUAGUGCUGAAAAUGCUGCUUGUGGUGUGCCGAAUCUAGGUAGUGCUCAUCUACUCGCUAAUGAUGGUGUACCUACAGCAAACUUUUCCUUCAUUGUCGAACUUGACUAUGAAACGGAACUUGCAUUUUCAGAACAAACACUGGAAACUUUUAUAAUUAAUUUCACUGUUGCUAUUGCGCAAGUGCUCGGAUGUAAAAAAGACUAUGUUCGUGUGUUCUCCAUUGAAAAGGUAGAUGGACAACCUGGUCUAGUACGAGUCAAUUUUGGCUUGACAACAGCCAAUCAAGAGGACACAGAGUCUUUGGCUAUACAAUUACAAGAUAAGGCCAAAAAAGGCUUCGGUGAUAAUGAAGUUCUACAAAUUGUUCAAUUAGGCGAUUAUGAGUACAAGUGGAAAUCCGUACUAUCUUACUUAGAACUUAGAGUGUCUGAUUUUGACCCACGUUUCAAUUUUGAUUAUGCACAACCUGGUUUACCUUACGAACAAGAACGCGGCAGUUAUCCAUAUUUCUUACCUCUCGGUUGGUAUCGUCACGCAUUGAAUGUUAGUCAGAAAUAUUCAGACGGAACUGUUUGGUUAGAUCAUAAAAACAGUGCUGGUGAAUGGCCAGUUGCUUUCCAUGGCACUCAUUCGGGUGCAGUUGGGAAUAUUACACGACAUGGCUUAUCAACUGAUGGAGUCAAACGUGAUCUGAUGUUAGAAGAAGCCGUGCAACAGAGAGGACUGGCCAUGAACAAACCAGGACUAUAUUUGGCCACUCAUUGUAACGGAGGAUCGGACGCAUAUGCAACAACAUUUCCAGUACAAAAUGGUAAUAUCACUGAGAUGUUUCAAAUUGUAUUUCAAUGUCGAGUCAAGCCUGAUUCAUUUACAGUGCACACAUGCUGCAUCGUUGAAGGUCAUGGAUGGCGAGUGGUCGAUCCUACAGCUGUUCGACCGUAUGGUUUAUUACUAAGAAAAAUAGAAACAUGA